ACCAGAGUGUUCACUGGUGGUUUUGCAGCAGGUCUGGAGACAAAGUGCAACCAGAGCAACCCUUCCAGCUCCUCCCCCUAGGACAGCUUUGGACAUACAGUGUGCUUACCAUACCAGUCCUGCCUUUAUUAUCUACCUGUUCUGUUAAGGCAUGGAGGCAGAAGAUAACUCAAAGGCUAAAGAUAGAAGUGAGAACCCAGGUUCCAAAAAUGAAGGCCAACCAGAUGUUGCUCAGCCUAUCUUGCCACAGCAAGCACCCUCCUCCAGCCCCAAUGCUCUGUGGGAGAAGCUAGAAAGGAAGUAUCUGGACUAUGAAGAGUUGGUUGACAGGAGUCCAGCUGAACAUCAGAAGAGUCUGCUGAGUUUUCUCCCACUGUUUCUAAAGGCCUGGGAACAGUCUGUGGGAAUCAUCCGCUUUCCCAGUCUCCAACGACUAGCAAAAGAUGUUUCCAACCAGUUUGCUGGAGAAAUUCAGAAGGUUCUUGUGGGGAAGCCUGCAGAACAUGCACGGGAGGCAGCUGGACAGCUGCUGCGGAGGAAGGGGGAUCUGGACCAGGAUGGCUACCUGCUGCUGAAGUCUGUGUACGUGCUCACAGGGACAGAUUCAGAGACUUUGGACACAGUUGCUGAGUCUGGGCUCCCAGCCCUGCUUCUACAGUGUCUUUACCUCUUCUUUGUCUUUCCUCCGGAAAAAGAGGAGCUCUUUGAGAGUGAUGUUCAAGUUCAGAGGAUGUUUGUGCAGAUGUUGCUGAACAUCUGCAGUGAGGCUCAAAGGCUGGAGGGACUCCUCUCGGGAAAUGAGCUCCAGUCUCUAGUGAUUGCCACGACCUGCCUUCGGGAGCACAGCUGCAACUUUUGGAAGGAGCCAACCUUCUGUGUACUGAGAGCAAUAUCCAAGGCCCAGAACCUCAGCAUCAUCCAAUACCUGCAGGCCAUGGAUUGCAUUAAGAUCUCCCUCCAGAACCUCUCCAAGCUCGCAGAUACUCUCCCUGCUCCUGAAGUGAGUGAGGCUGUGAGUCUCAUCUUGCUCUUUGUGAAGGAUUCCUACCCCAUUUCCUCAGUUCUGCUCUUGGAGUUUGAGAAUGGGGAGGGCUACCCGCUUCUACUCAAAGUGUUGCUUAGGUAUGAUGAGCUGAAUCAGAGUGAAGUGGACCUCCACCUGGAGGAGCUACUUGAGCUCGUGGUGUGGCUGACAACUUGUGGGAGGUCAGAGCUGAAGGUGUUUGACAGCAUCACUUAUCCUCAGCUGGAAGGCUUCAAGUUCCAUCGUGAGACUUCCGGGGUGACUAUUAAGAAUCUCCAGGCUUUCCAAGUCCUGCAAAAUGUUUUCCACAAAGGCAGCAACUCUGUCCUCUGCACAAAAAUCCUGUUGGCCAUCAGAACCAUGUGGGGCUGGAACACUCGCAACUUCUUCCUGCUGGAAUGGACACUGCAGCCCAUCUCACAGUUUGUGGAGAUCAUGCCCUUGAAGUCAGAGCCUGUACAGAGACACUUCUUCCAGCUGCUGGAGGCCCUGGUGUUUGAGCUGCACUAUGUGCCCCAUGAGAUCCUGAGGAAAGUGCAACACCUGAUCAAGGAGAGCACUGAGCCCCUCUGCACCCUCCUUGCUCUGCAGAGUAUCCUCAAGAUUACUGGCAGGGACCUUCUCUUCACUGACAUCUUUAGGGACUCGGGCCUUCUGGGUCUGCUGUUGGCCCAGCUGCGGAAGCAGGCCAAGAUUCUGAGGAAGUCAGGAAAUAAAGAGUACACUGCUAGCCUUCAGGACCGAGAAAGAGAACUGACCUGUGUGAUGCUGAGAACUGUGAACACACUUCUGAAAGGCUCAGUCCGGAACGCUGUUGUUCUAAAAGACCAUGGCAUGGUGCCCUUCAUCAAGAUCUUUCUGGACAAUGAGUGCUACCGGGGACCGUCGCUCAGCAUCUUGGAGCACCUCUCAGUCAUCAAUGCGGAGGAGUAUAUGAGCACCAUCGUGGGUGCUUUGUGCUCAUCCACGCAAGGGGAACUGUCGCUGAAACUGGAUCUCCUGAAGUCUCUGCUUCGGAUCCUGGAGAGCCCUAAGGGCCGUGCUGCUUUUAGAUUGUCCAGUGGGUUCAAUGGACUAUUGUCCCUACUUUCAGACCUAGAAGGCUCUCUCCAGGAGCCACCACUGCAGACAUGGGAAGUGGUGACCCCCAGCCAGACUCUAGACCUGAUCCUGCAUACCUUCUGUGCCAUGUCUGCAGCACUGAACCUGGACCUUGUCAACAGUGACUUCUUCAGGAGACAUGGGCUCUAUGAGAAGCUGGCUGAGGACCUCUGCUUGCUGGGCUGCUUUGGAGCCCCAGAGGAAGAGGGUGCCCCUAUGCACUCCUGGACUGAUGUAAAGGCCAGACCACUGACUGAUUUUCUGAGUGCAGCCUUUUCCUCUAGCUCUCCACUCCCAUCUAAGAUAAAGAGCUGCCUCCGGAUCCUAAGCUUUCUGGACUGCAUUGUCAGAGGUACCCUCCACCUGGACCUGAAUGAGUCCUUGAAGGUUGGGCAGGAGACUGUCAUGGAUGCCCAGAAGGGAGAAGCCAGCAGUGAUCCUGAAGGCAACUUCAAGCAGUGGCCAGACAUGGAAGAGAGGCUGGAUGAAGGUGAAGCUGUGAUCAUGCACCCCGGCAUCCUGUGCAUCAUGGUGAGGCUGCUACCUCGGCUGUACCAUGAAGACCACCCCCAGCUUUCCGUGGAGAUUCAGUGCUCCCUAGCCACUCACAUCCAGUCCCUGGUGAAAUCGGAGAAGAACCGUCAAGUCAUGUGUGAAGCAGGGAUGCUCAGGACCCUCAUGACCUCCUGUCACCAUACCCUGGCCACCAGCAGUAGCCCAUUGCACACGGGCCUCAUCAGAAUUUUUGAAAAGCUUGCAUCCCAAGCCAUUGAACCAGACGUGUUAAGACAGUUUCUCAGUCUUGGACUUGGCCCAUUUCCAUCGGCUGCAAGGAAAACCCUCAAUUCGUCUCGUGUGUCUGAAGGGAAAUCUGGAUGCUCAGGGUUACAGGCAGCAGCACUAGCACCUGCAGAGGGUCUUUCUGGAGCCAGUCCAGAUGUCAGCUCCAGAGCUGCAGUGAAACUUGGGCCCUCUGGCGUGUCCGCAGGCUCCACUACUGCCCUUCAAACAGCACUGAGCCUCAUCUCCAUGACUUCCCCACGCAACCUGCAGCCACAGAGGGCAGCUCUGGCUCCGUCAUUUGUGGAAUUUGACAUGUCUGCUGAAGGAUAUGGGUGUUUGUUUAUUCCGACUCUGUCUACGGUGAUGGGAGCUAGCACUGAGUACUCGGUCUCCGGAGGGAUUGGGACAGGUACUGCCAGGUCAUUCCCUCCACCUGGGGGCCUGACCUUUUCCUGCUGGUUCCUGAUCAGCAGGCAUGGCCUGGUCACUGAGGGCCACCCACUUCACUUCCUGACGCUAGUUCGCCACCUGGCCAGGACUGAGCAGCCCUUUGUCUGCUUCUCCAUCAGCCUCUGCCCAGAAGACGCUUCCUUGUGUGUAUCUACAGAAGAGAAAGCGUUUCAGCCUCUCGAUGUCAUGGAACCUGAGGAUGACCUUGAGCCUUCUGCAGGACGCCAGCUUCGGGUCAGGUGUAGCCAUCUGCUGACUUGUGGUCAGUGGCAUCACCUGGCUGUGGUUGUCACCAAGGAAAUGAAAAGAAAUUGUACUGUUUCCACUUAUCUGGAUGGCCAGGCUAUUGGCUCUGCCAAGAUGUUGUACAUUCAGACACUACCAGGACCUUUCCUUUCAAUGGAUCCCUCUUCAUUCGUGGAUGUUUAUGGUUAUGUUGCCACCCCUCGAAUCUGGAAACAAAAGUCCUUACUAAUAUGGCGUGUUGGCCCCACAUACCUCUUUGAAGAAGCCAUCUCAUUGGAAACUCUGGAAGUUAUUAACAAACUUGGUCCAAGAUACUGUGGUAACUUUCAAGCUGUGUGCAUUCAAGGAGAGGACCCUGGUGUGGAAGCAGUGUCCCUGGUUGCAGAAGAAAAAGUGUCCUUCGGUCUUCACGUAGCCAGCUCCUCCACCACCAGUGUUGUAGACAUCAGAAACACUUACAAUGAGGUGGACAGUCGCCUGAUUGCCAAAGAGAUGAACAUCCCAUCUCGUGACAAUGUCAUGCCUGUGUUCUUGCUGAGAAAUUGUGCUGGUCACCUCUCAGGGUCUCUGCGAACCAUUGGAGCAGUGGCUGUGGGUCAGUUAGGAGUAAGGGUGUUUCACUCCAGCCCUGCAGCCAGCAGCCUGGACUUCAUUGGUGGUCCUGCCAUCCUCCUGGGCCUCAUUUCCUUGGCGACGGAUGACCAUAGCAUGUACGCAGCUGUGAAAGUCCUGCACUCGGUCCUGACCAGCAAUGCCAUGUGUGACCGCCUGAUGCAGCACAUCUCUGGGUACCAGAUAAUGGCAUUUCUCUUGAGGAAAAAAGUCUCUCUCCUCAACCAUCGAAUUUUUCAGUUGAUCCUCUCCAUUGCUGGCACUGCAGAGCUAGGUUUCAAGUCUUCUACUAUCACCAAUUUUGGAGUUUUCCAGAACAUCCUCUGCAAUUUUGAGCUCUGGAUGAAUACUGCAGACAACCUAGAGCUUUGCCUCUUUUCUCAUCUUGCAGAAAUUCUUCGGUCACCAAGGGAAGGACCCCGCAAUGCUGAAGUUGCUCAUCAAGCACAGCUUAUACCCAAGCUCAUUUUCCUCUUCAAUGAGCCAAGCCUCACCCCCUCCAAGAUCCCCACCAUCAUUACCAUCCUGGACUUUCAGCUGAGGGGCCACUUCAAUAUCCAGGACUUGCUCAGAAUUGGGCUGUUUGUGGUGUAUACCCUCAAGCCUUCCUCAGUGAAUGAGAGGCAGAUCUGUUUGGAUGGAGCUCUGGAUCCUUCUGCACCUGCUGGAAGCCAAACAUCUGGAAAGACAAUCUGGCUCAGAAACCAGUUACUGGAGAUGAUGCUGAGUAUAAUAUCUUCUUCUCAACUUCAUUUGUCCUCUGAGUCAAAGGAAGAGAUGUUCCUGAGCCUAGGGCCUGACUGGUUCCUGCUACUUGUGCAGGGUCACAUGCAUCCCAGCACAACUGUGCUAGGACUGAAGCUGCUGCUGUACUUUUUGUCAACCCCCUCCCUCCGUGGGCGAUUUAAAGAUGGCCUAUCUGCAGGAUCCUGGGUGGAACACAGCUCUGAGGGUGUGGACAUUGUCAUGGAUAACCUGAAGAGCCAACCUCCCACGCCUGAACAGAGCCCCUUCCUGCUUCCUGGGUUCCGGGUCUUGAAUAAUUUUCUGGCCCACCAUGUUCACAUUCCAGAAGUCUACCUCAUCGUGUCCACCUUCUUCCUACAGACGCCACUUACAGAACUGACAGAUGGGCCUAAAGACAGCUUGGAUGCCAUGUUUCAGUGGCUCCUGCAGAAGCACCACAGGGAGGAGAUCCUUCGAGUUGGACUGUGCACUGAAGGUGCCCUGCUACUCUUGGAAAUGCUGAAAGCCACCAUGAUCCAGCCCUCCACAGGUUCUGAAGAUGGUGCCUGGGAACGCACUUUCCCUGCCAGCCUGCUGCAGUUCCUCAGCCUGGUGCACAGCACCUACCCCCAAGAUCCAGCCUGGCGGACCCCCGAGUUCCUCCAGACCUUGGCCAUAGUCACUUUUCCCAUAGAAGCCCACAAGGGAAUCCUGGCCGAAUCCACCCUGAAUAUCAGCAACGCUGAAGCUGAGGCUGAAGAGGACAGUACCACAGAGGCUCUCCAGUCUCCGCUCAAGUUGCAUCCAACCCGGAAGCAGCUGAGGGAGUUUAUGCAGCAACUCUUGAAGGAGCUCUUGUUCUCAGCCUCCAGCCCCAAGCAGUGGCUGCCCCUGGAGGUGCUCCUAGAGGCUGCUCCAGACAACGUCACCUGUCAGCAGAAGCGAGACUUUCAGUCUGAGGUUUUGCUUUCCACUAUGGAGAUAUUUCACGUGAAGAAUGGAGGAGACACGCUGAUGCUUAGAGGUAGCAAAGAGCCUCAGUCAAAUGCAGAUGCUGCUACUGCUCCUUCACUUGCAAAUAUCUCUCACUUCACCCAGAAGCUGGUGGAAAAGUUGCACAAUGGCAUGUUCUCAGCAGACCCCAAGCACAUCCUCCUCUUCAUCACAGAGCAUGUCAUGGUGGUCAUCGAGAAUACGUCUACUCAAAGGGAUGCAGUCAUCAGUGUUCUCUACAGCAGUUUAAAUAAAGUCAUCCUUUAUUGCCUGUCCAGGCCCCAGCAGUCCCUCUCCGAAUGCCUCGGCCUUCUCAGCAUCUUGGUCUUCCUCCAAGAACACUGGGAUAUUAUCUUUGCCACCUAUAAUUCCAACAUCAGCUUCCUCCUGUGUCUUAUGCAUUGUCUUUUUCUGCUCAACUCAAGAAGUUAUCAAGAAGGAUUUGGAUUGGACCCCAAACCCAGAAUGACUCCUUAUUAUCAAGUCUUUCUUUUUCCGAAUGAAGACAUGAGAGAAAAAGUUGGAGAAGACUUCUCAAGUUUGACUGAUGUCCAGCACAGAAUCCAAAAGACAGUGCAGGCCCUCUGGCACCAGCUCAUGGCACAGAGGCGGCAGGAGCUGGAGGACACUCUCAAGAUGGAUCUCUCUGUGAAACCUGGAGAGAGUGAAGUGAAGAUUGAAGAAGUCACCCCACUCUGGGAGGAGACUAUGCUCAAGGCUUGGCAGCAUUACCUAGCUUCAGAGAAGAAAUCACUGACCAGUCGUUCAAGUGUCGGAAGCCAAAGUAAAGUUUCUUCAUGGAGUGAAAGCCUGUCUUCAGCCAUGAAGCUCAUGCCUGGACGGCAGACCAAGGACCCUGAGUGUAGGACAGAGGAUUUUGUGUCAUGUAUUGAGAACCACAGAAGAAGAGGACAAGAGUUAUAUGCAUCUUUAUACAAGGAUUACAUACAGAGACGGAGCUGUGGAGACAUUAAGGCAGCCAAAGCCUGGGCAAAAAUCCAGAAGGAGCUUUUUGGAGAGCUGGGAUUGUGGGGACAGGCAGCAGAAACCACAGCCUGCUUCCAGUGGGAGCUGGACUGGAGAGAAGGACCCACUCGCAUGAGGAAACGUGUGAGACGCUUAUCCCCACUGGAGGCCUUAAAUCCAGGAAAGCAGAAGGAGAGUGAAGAUAGAAGUUGUGAUACUUCUCAAACAAAUGCUGAAAAUCAAGAUGAACUGACCUCAAAGGAAGAGAAGAGCAUGAUUGACGAGGUGGCUGUGGACUGUACUCAGCUGACUUUCUUCCCUGCCUUACAUGAAAGUCUACACUCAGAAGACUUCUUGGAACUGUGUCGGGAAAGACAAGUUAUUUUACAAGAGCUUUGUGAUCAUGAAAAGGUGACACAGAAGUACUCUCUGGUAAUCGUACAGGGCCACCUGGUCUCUGAAGGGGUCCUGCUCUUUGGCCACCAGCACUUCUACAUCUGCGAGAACUUUACACUUUCUCCCAUGGGCGAUGUCUACUGCACUCGGCACUGCUUAUCCAAUAUUAGUGAUCCAUUCAUUUUCAACAUGUGCAGCAAAGACAGGUCCUCAGACCAUUACUUGUGUGAGCGACACAGCUACAGUGACCUCAGGGAGCUCCACCAGGCACGCUUCCUCCUCCAGGACAUAGCCCUGGAAAUUUUUUUCCGGAAUGGGUAUUCCAAGUUUCUUGUCUUCCACAACAGUGACCGGAGUAAAGCCUUCAAAAGCUUCUGCUCUUUCCAGCCCAGCUUAAAGGGGAAAAGCAGCACAGAGGACCCCCUCAAUCUCAGAAGGUUCCCAGCCUUCGACAGGACCGUGCUGCAGAGGUGGCAGAAAAGGGACAUCAGCAAUUUUGAGUACCUCAUGUACCUCAACACAUUGGCUGGGAGGACCUACAACGACUACAUGCAGUACCCAGUGUUUCCCUGGGUACUGGCUGACUACACCUCACAGACACUGAACUUGACGAAUUCCAAGACUUUUCGGGAUCUUUCAAAGCCCAUGGGGGCUCAGACCAAGGAAAGGAGACUGAAAUUUAUCCAGAGGUUUAAAGAAGUUGAGAAGACAGAAGGAGACAUGACCGUCCAGUGCCACUACUACACUCAUUACUCCUCAGCCAUCAUCGUUGCCUCCUACCUGGUCCGGAUGCCACCCUUCACCCAGGCCUUCUGCUCUCUGCAGGGGGGAAGCUUUGACGUAGCAGACAGAAUGUUCCACAGUGUGAAGAACACAUGGGAAUCGGCCUCUCGCGAGAACAUGAGUGAUGUCAGGGAGCUGAUCCCAGAGUUUUUCUACCUGCCUGAGUUCCUGACAAACUGCAAUGCUGUGGAGUUUGGCUGCAUGCAGGAUGGGACGGCUCUGGGCGAUGUGCAGCUUCCUCCCUGGGCUGAUGGGGACCCUCGUAAAUUUAUCAGCCUGCACAGACAGGCUUUGGAAAGUGACUUUGUCAGUGCCAACCUCCACCACUGGAUAGACCUCAUUUUUGGUUACAAACAACAGGGAUCUGCCUCUGUAGAAGCAAUUAACACCUUCCACCCCUACUUCUAUGGGGAUAAAAUGGACCUUGGCAGCAUUAGCGACCCCCUGAUCAGGAGCACCAUCCUGGGGUUUGUCAGCAACUUUGGACAGGUGCCCAAACAGAUCUUUACUAAACCCCACCCCACAAGGACUGCUGCCGGGAAGCCGUCACUAGGAAAGGAUGUCUCCUUAUCUACAAGCCUGCCUGGCCACCCACAGCCCUUUUUCUACAGCCUGCAGUCUCUAAGGCCCUCUCAGGUCACCGUCAAAGAUAUGUACCUUUUCUCUCUAGGCUCAGAAUCCCCCAAAGGAGCCAUUGGCCACAUCAUCUCUACAGAGAAGGCCAUCCUGGCCGUGGAGAGGAACAAGGUGCUGCUGCCUCCUCUUUGGAACAGGACCCUCAGCUGGGGCUUUGACGACUUCAGCUGCUGCCUGGGGAACUAUGGCUCUGACAAGAUCCUGAUGACGUUUGAGAAUCUGGCUGCCUGGGGCCGCUGUCUGUGUGCUGUGUGCCCAACCCCCACAGAAAUCAUCACUUCCGGGACCAGCACUGUGGUGUGUGUGUGGGAGGUCUGUGUGGUCAAAGGACGGCCCAGAAGCCUCAGCCUCAAGCAGGCCUUGUAUGGACACACACAGGCUGUCACUUGCCUGGCAGCUUCACUCACAUUCAGCCUCCUGGUGAGUGGCUCUCAAGACUGUACCUGCAUCCUGUGGGACUUGGACCACCUGACUCAUGUGGCCCGCCUGCCUGUUCACAGGGAGGGCAUCUCUGCCAUUGCCAUAAGUGAUGUCUCGGGCACCAUUGUUUCCUGUGCGGGAGCACACUUGUCCCUAUGGAGUAUCAAUGGGCAGCCCCUGACCAGCAUCACCACGGCCUGGGGUCCAGAAGGAGCCAUAACCUGCUGUUGUGUGAUAGAGGGGCCAGCAUGGGAUACAAGCCAUGUCAUUGUCACUGGGAGUCAAGACGGCAUCGUCCGGGUCUGGAAGACUGAGGAUGUGAAGAUGUCUGUUGCUAUACAGGCAGCAUCUGAGGAGCCCUUGGCUCAGCCACCCAGCCAGCAAGGUCACAGGUGGGAGAAGAAUCUUGCCCUGUGCAGAGAGCUGGAUGUCAGCGUUGCUUUGACAGGGAAGGCCAGCAAGGCCAGCCCUGCUGUGACAGCUCUGGCCCUGUCCAGAAACCAGACCAAACUCCUGGUUGGUGAUGAGAAGGGAAGAAUAUUCUGCUGGUCUGCAGAAGGAUAGAAAGAAGGAGACAUGGAAGUAACCCAGAGCCUCCCCCUCCACAAGGCCCCAUGAAGAAGGGGCUAUUGGCUCACAGUGCUCCAGACCCAGAGGCCUCUCCCUAGCCUUGGAAAUCUGGCCUUGAAGUUGCACAAGGAUGCAUAUCCUUGAGGAGGAUAAAUGUGCAUGUCGGAAUCAGCAAGCAGCAUGCUGGAAACUGAGACUUGCUGAUGCCAAGCCACACAGGAAAUCAUACACCACUCACAUUACAAAGGGCUUAAUGAAAAAAAUUGGGUCACUGGGUGAGAACUAAUGGGAAAUAUUGUAUUAUCCUUAUUUUAUUAAAAAGAAGUAUUUUCCAAAUCCA